GGGCAGACCGCGGGUCCCCGUGAUGGGCUCGGGCGCAGAAAGAGGGCAACAAAGUCUUGGAGGACGCUACGGGCCUCGGGUUUGCUUCCAGCCACCCCCCACGCUCCCUACCUUCCCCGCGGCGCUCGCUGUCCCAGGGCGCGUGGGGCUGCCCCUCUCCCGAGCUCUCUUGUCUUCGGGCGGGGCGCCGGCGGGAGGCGGCCGAGGCUCCGAUUGGGCAGAGCCGGGGGGCGGACGUCACUGUCUUUGUCACCGUCCUGUGCGAGAAGGCGGAAGGGGGCGAGGGAAGGCUCUGCCCGGUUCGGGUGCGAUGGGCUGGAAUGAGUGACAGCGGAGCGGCUGUCGGUCCCCCACGAAGAAGGAAGUGAAAGGAGCAGAGGGGUGGGGAGUCCCAAGAGGGGAGGGAGGGAGCCCACUUUAGGUGAGGGGCGAGGGAGCCGACCUCACCUGGACAGCGGCUUCAGAAGGCUCCUGGAUCUGCGUCUCCCGUUCGGGCACAGCUAUAUGUGCUGGGUCUACACUGCAAGGAAGACUCUGGGCUGGGGCUGAGUAAUCAGACCAUCCAGCUCAUACCAUCACCACCCCUUCCUUAUAAACGGUGCGCGUCCUAGUGGCGUUCGGUUCGUCUGUGCGUCUCAAGAGUGGCCCUGAGGGUCCUAGAUUGGCCUAGCGGACUCAGGUGGAGCCCUUGCUAAUUUCACUCUGGCAGUGUGGACCUGGCCACACAGACUGGCCGCUUCAGUUGCCCAGGACAAAGACGUGAUCACAGCCGGCCUUAUCUCGAGGGACAGGUGAGUCUUCUUGCUCCCAGAGGAGUGGCCAUGAGAGCACGGGGAAGCAGCAGUACUGAGAGCCAAGGAUAAACUGGGACCCUAACACUCCCAUACUCCUGCCCUGCAUGACCAACAGGAAGAUCUGAGCUUAAGAGAACUAAACCAGACCUUCAUCAUGAAGAAGAUUUUGUUCAUAGAACCUUCCAUUUUCCUUAGUGCAUUUGCUUUGUCUUUGAUUAGUCCACUGACCACACAAUACAUUUAUCAGAGGAUAUGGAAGGAAACAAGCAACUAUAGCUAUAUAGAUAAUAGCAAUAUCUCUGAAUGUGAAGCAAAUAAAAGCAACCCAAUUUAUGAAAUCCAAAAGGAAGUUCAAAAAAAAGCCUCUCUUUUUAGUCUUCAGAUGGACUUGAGUGGAUUGAUUCCUGGCAUUGUGGUUACCUUCAUUCUUUUGUCCAGCAGUGAUCAAAAAGGACGCAAAGGGCCUCUGAUUUUGUCUUCUAUAGGGGCUCUUGCAAAUAGUAUUUGUCUUUGUUUGCUCGCAUAUUUGGGCUUGCCUAUCCAACUUCUGAUAGCAUCCACCUUAAUUAGCGCAUUUUGUGGCAAUUCAACAACCUUUUUGGGAGGAUGCUUUGCUUACAUAAUUGACCAAUGUAAAGAAGAGAAGCAGAAAACUAUACGGAUAGCCAUCAUUGACUUAAUAAUUGGACUUGUUACUGGAUUAACGGGAUUGUCUUCUGGCUACUUCAUCAAAGAACUUGGUUUUGUAUGGUCAUAUUUUAUUACUUCAUUGGCUCUAGCCAUUAACUUGAUAUAUAUUGUAUUUUUUCUUGAGGACCCAAUUAGUGUAUCUUCAUCAUGGGAUUCUUCCAUGUCAUGGAGUAAAAACUUUAAAAAAUUAUUUUUGAGAGCUUAUAUGCUUUUUAAAAAUGUUCCUGGCAAACAAAGGACUUUGCUCUGUUUGCUGCUUUUUACAAUGAUUACUUAUUUCUUUGUAGUAAUUGGUUCAUCUCCUAUAUUUAUCCUUUACGAGCUGAAUUCGCCUCUCUGUUGGAAUGAAGUAUUCAUAGGAUAUGGCUCAUCUUUAGCAAGCAUAUCUUUCUUGACCAGUUUUCUAGGGAUAUGGAUUUUUUCUUACUGUCUUAAAGAUGUUUAUAUCGUCUUCAUUGGAAUUUUUACCACGACUGGAGGAAUGGCAUUGGCUGCUUUUGCCAAAACAACACUAAUGAUGUUGUUAGUCAGGAUCCCUUUCCUCUUUACCUUCAUGCCCUUGUCUGUUCUUCGGUCCAUGUUAUCAAAAGUGGUUUCCUCUACUGAACAAGGUACCUUGUUUGCGUGUAUUGCUUUCUUAGAGACGCUGGUUGGAGUUAUUGCAGUUUCUACCUUCAAUGGCAUUUAUUCAGCCACUGUUGCUUGGUUUUCAGGAUUCACUUUUAUGUUCUCAGCUGGUCUCUUAUUAAUCCCAGGAAUCAGUCUAUGUGUUAUAAUGUGUACUAGGUGGGAAGAAGAAGACCGUGCGCUCCUUAUACAAGAAGAAUCCAGGGAAGACAACAUAGUCAAUUGAACCAUUGUGAUUUUUCACCUAUUCAUGAGCAUCUUCAUAUACUCUACCUCUAUGCUAAAUGAAGUGAUGGAGCACAUGGUUCUCUACCACACUGUUAACUAACUCACUGCUAACUUGGAAAUAAACCCCUACCAAUCAGGGACCGUAUUUUCUUUUUGCACUAACUUUUAAAGGAUGCUAUUAGAGAGAUGCUUACAAUGACACAUUAAUACCGAUACAGAAAUAGAAUUUUUCAAUGAGCUGCUUCCCUUUUUCUUUUUGAUGCUUAAAAAGGGACAUAAAACGUAAGGAGCCAGGGAAGCCACUGAAACUCGGGAUCUGGGAACUCCAAUCCUGUGAUAUCAAUGUUUACCUCCUGAACAAAAUACAUGCCAUCUUUUGUACCUUGGGGCUUUUCAUCUGUGUAGCUUCUGAGGCAAUACUGACCUACUUCUCAAGGAUGUUUCGAUGAAUAACUAAUGGAAAUAAUAAAAUAAUAAUAAAUAUGACAUAGCAGCACUUUGUACCUGGUAUGAUGCAUUGCACUUAAUAAGUGCUUAACAAAUGUUUAUUGAAUUGUCUCUAGUGGCAGUUACCACAAUUUGGAAUAGAAUCACCCCUAAAAUUGGCUAUCAUUGUGUUAUGGCUAACCCAAAUCUGGUUAUGGCCAAAAUUAUGAACCUCCAAAAGACAAGCUGUCUGAGAGCACUAUAAUUUUUUUAAAAAAUUUCUGGCAUUCCUAAUUUUGUACAUAGUGAUGGUUUGAAUAUGAGAAUGUAGGCUUAUAAAAUCAAUUUUUAAAAUCUUUUGAAAAAUUAAUAAAUUAAAAAACAAUGUGAAGCAA